AUGGCACCUCGUGCAUUGAAGAACUACCGCGUGUAUAUCCUCACAGCAGUCGCCUACCUAGGCUCCCUGCUCUUUGGAUAUGACACGGGUGUAAUGAGCUCCGUCCUAGCGAUGGACAGCUUCAAGAAGGACUUCGGUCUUCCAGUCUCAUCAUCUGGCUUCGCCUCGGACAAAAACGCCCAAGUCUCAUCUAACGUCGUCAGUCUCCUGACAGCAGGAUGUUUCUUCGGUUCCAUCUUCGCCGCAUACAUCAAUGACCGUAUUGGUCGUCGAUACUCGCUCAUGAUCUUUUGUUUGAUCUUCCUGGUCGGUGCCGCCAUCCAGGUCGGCGCCCAUCAUGAAAUCGGCGUCAUCUACGGAGGUCGUGUGAUUGCCGGUCUCGGUAUCGGCGGCAUGUCGAGUAUCACCCCCGUUUUCGUCAGCGAGAACUGUCCAGCCAAAUACAGAGGUCGCAUUGCCGGUAUGUUCCAGGAGUUCCUGGUCAUCGGUAGCACGUUCGCCUACUGGCUGGAUUAUGGUGUUGCCUUGCACAUCCCCGAGAGCACCCGGCAGUGGCGCAUUCCCGUGGCCAUUCAGCUUGUCCCCGGUGGACUCAUGCUUGUGGGAUUGUUCUUCCUGAAGGAAUCUCCUCGCUGGCUGAUGAAGCAAGGGCGGCAGGAUGAGGCGCUGACCUCUUUGGCGUACAUUCGCAACGAGCCGGAGGACAGCGAGGAGGUGCAGAGGGAGAUUGCGGAGAUUUUCACUGCGAUGGAGGAGGAGUCGCUCGCUACCGAGGGCGUUACCUGGAAGGAGUGCUUGGAGAAGAGCAACCGGUACCGCUUCUUCUUGGCGUUUGUCAUCAUGUUCUGGCAGCAGUUCUCCGGAACAAACAGUAUCGGAUACUAUGCGCCUCAGAUCUUCGAGUCAAUUGGUGUUAGCUCGACCAAUUCGUCGCUCUUUGCUACCGGUAUCUAUGGUACUGUCAAGGUUGUCGCGACAGCCAUCUUCUUGUUCAUUGGAAUUGACCGAUGGGGUCGCAAGAACAGUAUGAUCGGUGGUGCUGCAUGGAUGGCUGCCAUGAUGUUCAUUAUUGGAGCUGUCUUGGCCACUAACCCUCCCAACCCCGAUGCAAGCGGCGUCUCCCCAGCUUCUACCGCCAUGGUCGCGAUGAUUUACCUUUAUGUUAUUGGAUAUUCUUUCUCAUGGGGUCCCACACCCUGGGUGUACCUGGGCGAGAUUUUCCCCACCCGCCUGCGUUCAUACGGUGUCGGUCUCGGCGCAGCCACCCAGUGGCUUUUCAACUUUGUCAUCACCGAGGUCACUCCUCGUGCCAUUAACAAGAUCGGCUGGAGGACUUUCCUCAUGUUCGCCAUCUUCUGUACCGCCAUGGGCAUCUUUGUCGCUAUCUUCCUCAAGGAGACCAAGGGUCGCAGUCUGGAGGAUAUGGAUCUUAUUUUCGGCAAUGUCGACGAGAAGCAGCGGCGCGCAGAUGUGGAGCAGACACUCCACAAGAGUGACUUCUCCCACUCCGAGCAUGUGGAGGAGCACGAAAUGGUGGACCCCAAGGAAGAAGGCCAGGUCCAUUUGGAAGCGAAAUAA